CUCUUCACCGCAUUUGCCAAUUGGGAAUUGGGGAGCUACAGUAUGUGGGGGACCAGGAUAUCGAUUCAUUCAUUCACUUCCUUCACUUUCGCUGUUUGACUGCUUGUUCGACAGGUGCUGCUUGUGUCUGUAUCCACUCCUUUCACUCAAUUCAAAUCAGCACUGUCUCGUGUCCUCGCAAGUCUAGGCUUUGAAUCGUCGACACAACUUGCUUUGGGCGUGUAGAGAAAAAUCGACACCAGAGAGACCCCUCCCCAAAGAAAAUGGCUCCAUCAGCAGCUUCAACGCUGACGAGCGCUCCGAGGCAAGUGAAGAGAGAGAGGGCCAUCCAGCUCGAUGGGAAACGAGGACCCGAUGCUUCAGCUCAAGCCGACCUCCCCCGCGACCCCGUCGAGGUCAAAUAUCGAGACUUCUUCUGGACAUACACCGAGGAGCCACAUCGGACGAGGAGAUUGGAGAUCAUCAAGGCGCAUCCAGAGGUCACCAAGCUUUGCGGACCCGAACCUCUCACAAAAUACGUCGUCCUGCUCGUAGUCUCGAUUCAGAUAUUCUGCGCCUACCUCUUGCGGAACACGCCCUUCUUUUCGCCCUCUUUCUGGCUCCUCGCGUACGUCGUCGGCGCAACUGCCAACCAGAACCUAUUCCUCGCCAUCCAUGAGAUCAGCCACAACCUCGCCUUCCGCUCGCCUACGGCGAACCGGCUCCUCGCCAUCUUCGCAAACCUACCUAUUGGCAUCCCCUACAGCGCCUCCUUCCGUCCCUACCACCUGACGCACCACAAAUCCCUAGGCGUUGACGGGUUGGACACCGACCUACCCACGGCCUUCGAGGCCAUCUUCCUGGACUCGAUCCUGGGCAAAGCCUUCUUCUGCACCUUCCAGAUCUUCUUCUACGCCCUACGCCCCAUGGCCGUGUACCGGGUACCCUUCACUUGGGUUUCUGCGCUGAACGUAGCCACACAGCUCACCUUCGACGCCGUGAUUCUGCGCACGCUCGGCGUGCAGUCUAUGCUCUACUUCGUAUUCUCUUCUUUCUGGGCGGGUAGCCUGCACCCGUUAGCGGGACACUUCAUCGCCGAGCACUACGUGUACUCGACCGUGACGCCCGCGCAGGCUGACCCGUCUAACGGGAUCCCCGUCCCUGAGACGUACUCAUACUACGGGCCCCUGAACUUCCUGACGUACAAUGUUGGCCUACAUAACGAGCACCAUGACUUUCCUGCCGUCCCUUGGACGCGCCUCCACAAGCUCCACGACAUCGCGCGCGAGUUCUACGCCGACCUCCCUCACCACACGUCCUGGACAUACGUCCUCUGGCGCUUCAUCUUUGAUGAGAGCGUAGGUAUCCGGUGCCGUGUGAAGCGCAAGGAGGGCGGGCGACUCGUUGGGCAAGGCUCUCAGAAGCAAAAGCCUGUUGAAGGGUGGAAGGAGGAAGAAUUAGAAUCGUGAUUCCUUUUUUUCUGUUAGACAUCUGGAGCACGACACUACCAUCU